AUGCUCUGUACAAUGUCUCCACUCGUUGUUCUGAUUCUACUGUUCUCUGUACAGACCACGAUCGCUAGCCCAAUUGUUGAAAGACGGGCUCCGACCUUUGUCUUCGAUGGGGACGCGCCUUUCUCGGUCAGCGCCAAUGACUUGGCAGCAUCGCUUACCUGUCCAUAUGGCAAUCCAUCAGCUGCGUCGCCACCUGUACUGCUCAUUCACGGCACCGCAACAACAGGACAAGAAUCAUGGGGCGAUGGCUAUGUUCCAGCUUUGAAGGCCAACGGCUUCACAGCAUGCUACAUCACAAUCCCCAACCGCGCCAUGGGCGACAUGCAAGUCAACGCCGAAUACGUCGCCUACAACAUCCACGCCAUCUCCUCCCUCUCCGGCAACAUUCCCACAGCCGUCAUAACCCACUCCCAAGGCGGUCCCGUAACGCAGUGGGCCCUCCAAUUCUGGCCGAGCACACGAUCAGUCACCCGCGCCUUCGUCGCCCUUUCACCGGAUUUCCACGGCGUUGAGCUACUGAACAGCGACAGUCUCUUGUCCAACAUCUGCUCCAGCGGGAUCUGCCAGGCGUCACUGUGGCAGCAAAGUGCUGGAAGCCACUGGUACGAUACGUUGCAUGCACACGAAUUCUCCGCGCAAGUUCCCACCACUAGCAUCUGGACGCAAUUCGAUGGUGUUGUUACGCCGGCGGGAGGGAAUGCACAGCUUCCCGGCGCGAACGUCGUGUCGGUGCAAAGCUUAUGUCCACUUCGACCGGAUAGUCAUGUUACAAUGACGAUCUCAAGCGCUGCUUAUGCGUUGGCGCUUGACGCUUUGAGAAACAAUGGUGUUGCCAGCAUGGCAAGGGUAAGGAGGAAGGCUCUAAAUAUCUGCUUGAGAUUUGCAGCACCCGGGAUGAAUGUGAACAUCGCCAAGGACAUCGGAUCUUUGCUGGAGAACUUGGUCGAUGGAGUACUUCUCGGUGGUCCGAAGCUGAAGGCGGAACCUGCUAUUGCUGCUCAUGCCCAAUAG